AUGGAUUCAAGCCGUGCCCCACCUACGCCAUCGACGUCUAGCUUUUCCGGUGCUACAACCACUCAGCGCCGCGAAUCCAAGACUCCCAUCCACAAGCGGCGCUUUGCUCAUCUUCUACACCAGCUCUGCCCUCUCCUCAGUAUUGAGACAGGCCUCCCACACCCGGACUUUCCCCUAACCAUACUCCACUACCACCUCUUGUCCGAAGAGCAGCUCGACUCCCUUGCCCAUUUCUACCACCAGCGCACGCCAGGUCAAUAUAGCCUUGGGUAUCCCAUGCCUGUCGUUGCCAGAUGGUGGGCGCCAAGCGAUCAGGAACUAGAGGAAGGUGAAAUCGAUGAGCUGGAAGAGAUAAAGAGGAUAAUGGAGCUCGCAGAGCAGAAGGACGACAAGGAAGUUGCGAGCGUCGAGGACAAGCGGAGGCGCUUUGGGAGGUUUUUAGGCCUGCGGAACUGCGAGUCGAGUCAAGGAGAGGGUGAGAUGAGGAGAGAAAUGGAGGAGUAUAUCGCAAGGGAGAUGGCAAGGAAGGAGCAUAGAGAUCGUGAGAUGGAAAGUUGGCGGUCGAAGGGAUACUGGUCAUGA